AUGGGCAAAGAACUAGGUCCCGGCGUCGGCUUCGAGUUUCCCUCGUAUGAGGUGUCCUGGCUCAAGCGCGAUCUCCUGCUCUUCGCGAACAGCAUUGGCGCAACCUACCCGGAUGAGCUGCACUUCCUCUACGAACUGCACCCAUCCUUCGCGGCCUUCCCAACCUACCCCAUCAUCCUCCCCUUCAAGCACACGGACCAAGAAGUCAUCGACUUCUACGCGCGCAGCAAUGCCGAGCCCAUCGAAGGCGUCCCCAAGUUCGACACCAAGCACGUCCUCGACGGCGAGCGCAAGAUACAAUUCUUCAAGCCACUGCCCGUGAGCAGCGAAGGCCGCAAGUUCGAGAUCAGAAGCAAGGUGCUGGGUGUAUACGAUAAGGGCAAGGCAACCGUUGUCGAGACGGAGAACAGGCUUGUUGAUGCGAAGACGGGGGAGACGUAUAGUAGAGCUGUUGGCAGUGGCUUCUAUGUUGGUCAGGGUGGUUGGGGUGGUCCGAAGGGCCCCAAGCAACCAAACUACCCCCCGCCGUCCCGCGCUCCCGAUAGCACACACAUCCACCAAACCACCAUGGAAACCGCCCACCUCUACCGCCUGAAUGGCGACUACAACCCGCUGCACGCGGACCCGGAGCCAGGCAAGAAAAUGGGUUUCGGCGGCCCCAUCAUCCACGGCCUCUUCUCGUGGAACAUGUCUGCCCACGCUAUUCUGAAGGCAUUCGGUGCAUCCAAGCCUGAGAACCUCAAGGAGUUCCAGGCGAGGUUCGCGGCGCCGGUUAAGCCGGGUGAUAAGCUGAUUACGGAGAUGUGGAGGACGGGGGAUCGCGAUCAGGAUGGGUUCGAGGAGGUGAGGUUUGUGGUCAAGGUUGAGGGCGGGAAGACGGUGCUUACGAACGGGAGGGCGUUGGUGAAGUGUGAGGGGGGAAAGGCGAAGUUGUAG